AUGGCUACACCACCUGCCCCGACUCCAGUACUGGAGUGGCCGGACUACAACACCACUCCGACUGGAGGCGAUCCACUGACUACCGACCUCAACGCUCCAUAUGACAAGGGCGACCUAUGCUGGAUGCUCGUCAGCACAGUCCUGCAAAUCACCCCAGCAAUCGGCUUCCUCUACGCGGGUAUGCACCGCCGCAAAGCCGCCAUGACGAUGAUUUUCCAAUCCCUCUUCUGCGCCUGCGCCGCCGGCAUCCAAUUCUGGGUCUACGGCUACUCGCUCUACCAAUCCCACACCUCUGGUCCAUUUAUCGGCGACCUCUCCAAAGCAGGAUUGCACACCGUCCUCGGGUAUCCAUCUCUUGCAAAUAGCGAUAUCCCCGAUAUCCUGUAUGCGUGUUUCGGAUUUACCUUUGUUACGGCUACGGCGAUGAUUCUGGCGGGCGCAAUGCUAGAGCGAGGGAGGUUGGGACCGUCGAUGAUUUUCCUCUUGUGCUGGACGACGUUUGUGUACUAUAUUCUUGCGUAUGCGGAGUGGAAUCCGAGCGGGUGGUUGUAUCAGCUUGGAGUGCUGGAUUUUGCGGGAUCGGGUCCCGUACAUAUUGCGUCUGGGUUUGCGGCGCUGGCGUGGGCGAUUAUGCUGGGUCACCGUGUGGAUCCGGCAAAGGAGUCGCUGCAUGCGCGGGUGCCGCAUUUUCGGCCGCAUAAUUCGUUUUUGAUUGGGCUGGGGACGGUGUUUAUUUGGUUUGGGUGGUUUGCGUUUAAUGGUGCUUCAACGGCGAACUUGUCAAUCAGAUCCAUCUACAUCGUCUGCAACACCAACCUCGCAGCCUCAGGCGGCGGCCUCGCCUGGGUCGCCCUCGAAUACCUCUUCACGCGCAAAUUCUCCAUCAUAGGUUUCUGCUCCGGCAUCAUCUCGGGUCUCGUCGGCAUCACCCCCGCCUGCGGUUUCAUCCCCAUCGAAACCGCCGCGUUGGUCGGCGCACUCACAUCUUGCACUUGCUUCUUCACCGUGAAAUACAAGCACCUGCUCCGCGUCGACGAGGGCCUCGACAUCUUCGCCAUCCACGGCGUGGGUGGUUUCGUGGGCGACAUCCUGACCGGCUUCUUCGCCUCCAAAACCGUGCCUGCGCUCGAUGGUGUAAGCAAUACCUAUGAGGGCGGCUGGUGGAACCAUAAUUGGAAGCAAAUGGGAUACCAGCUUGCCGCCGCGACUACCUGCGCUGCCUGGUCGUUUGUCGUUUCCAUCAUUUUGCUCUUCAUUAUUAAUAAGAUUCCGGGUUGCCAUAUUAGAGCUACUGAGGAGGAGGAGUUGAGGGGGUUGGAUUACAAGUAUUUUAGCGAUGUGGAGGAGGAUUUGGCGGUGCUAAAUGGGUAUGGAGCGCCAAGGUCGGGGACGUUGACUUUGGGUGUGGUGAGUGGAUCGGGGAGUCAUCAGGAUGUCCCUGUUGAUACUGGGAAGAGGGAUUGA